AUGUUUAAACGACUCCCGACUUUCAAGUCCCUUCCGCAGGCUAUCGGCCUACCGUUCUUGUCGACACAAGAGGACGCGCAGUUGAAGUUCAAGAGUGGGGAUAAUGGCAUCAAGAGGCUGUACGGCGACGAGGUGAUAUCCCCCUCGGAUGUGGGCUACUGGGCGCAGUAUUAUUCUUUGUUUAGCUCGGUACAGGAUGUUUACUCACUCAUUACCGCUCAAGACGUCCGUCAAACCUUGACCGCCCAGCCCGCCAACCUCUCGACACUGAUCAUCCACUUAUCCAAACAUCUCUUCGCGCUCCUCCCCUCCGAAUUCUUCCCUACCCCCUCCUCGGCCUCAUCCGCACCCACUGGCCAAAACGGGCAAGACACAACGCGCGAGGCACUAAACUGCCUACGCGUACUAGGGCGAAUCCUCGUGGUGGUCUACGAAGCGGAAGCUACGUCUAGGGAAGGCGGCGUCUCGGCGGGUGAGGGGUUCGCGAGGGAGUGUCUGUGGGCGAGACAGCCUGUGGUCGGCGAUGAUGAGGUCCGGAUGAGCGUUGGGGCUGGAGCUGGAGGAGCAGGAGGGAUCGAGGACGAGGGGCAGUUCACGAUUGAGGAUUCGGAUGAGGAGGAUGAUCUGCAGCCAAGCCUCAUCGACCGGCUGUUCAGCUGUACGAUCGACCUCCUUUUCUGCGCGGGAUUUACGGUGCCCGAGUCGGUGAGGGGUCAGCAGGACGCGGGGGAAAAGGUCAACUAUGUGAUCUGGGAGAAGGGCGUUGGAAGUACGGUCAGCGUCGGCUCAACGACCGAGCUCGAUCGGAACAAGGUCGAGGUGCUCCGCUUCCUAAUGAUUCUCCUGUCUACGACAGUCUACACUCCACCUCAAUCCCUCCCUACUACGCCUAAUCAGCCCCUCUCGCACCUCACUCAUUCGCUCGAACGCCGCCUCGUCCUCUCGCUCUUAUGCUCAUUGCUGAAUACGUCGCUGGCGGUGCCCAAGGCGAAUACGGUGGGGUCGAUUCCGUACAACCACCUGAUCUCGAAGGGAGGGGAGGAGAAACGGACGUUGGUCAGAGCGUGUUUGAUGAUGCUGCUGGUCGCGCUGGACCAUACGGAGGCGAGGAGGGAGGAAGGGAUGGGUGAGGGGAAGGAGGAGAAUGCGUUCAGGUUCUUUGUUAGCAAGCUGCAUCGAAAAGAGGACUUUGCGUUCAUCCUGGACGGGAUCUUUGCGGUUCUGCAAGAACAAACGGCAGUAUCCAGCGUACUUUUACCAGGGAGCAAGCAGCCCGUCCCAUACAUCCUCGAAAUCUUCAUGCUCCUCUGGCGCUUUGUCGACCUCAACAAGCGAUUCCGGCAAUACCUCUACGAAACCAACCGCACAUCCGACCUCGUCGCCUACAUCCUCCUCAUCUCCCUAGACCUCAAAGACGAUCCGGCGCAACACGGACUCCUCCGUCUGCUCGCGUACCUCCUCCAGACCCUCUCUGCCGACGCCGCAUUCGCCCAGUCUCUCGCUCAGCCUGUCCGCCUACCGAUACCUGCAAAAUGGGCCGUUUCAGGCACACCGGGCACCACUGCGGACUUUUUGAUUGUGUCGAUCUACAGUAUCGCCACGACGCCGGGACUGAACCCGCUCUUCCCGGCGUUGACGAUCACUAUUGCGAAUGUCGCGCCGUACUGGAAGGACGUGGGCGUCGGGGCGAGCAUGCGAUUAUUGCAGUUGUUCAAGGCGUUCUCGGCGCCGAACUUCUUGUUGGCAGAUGAGGGGCAUCCGAGACUUGUGUAUUAUCUACUCGAAACGUUCAACUCGGUCCUAUAUCAUCAGCUCAACGACAAUCCGAAUCUCGUCUACGCCAUCCUCCGGUCGCAUCAGGAUUUCCAGACCCUCGCGACCUUCUCGCUCGUCUCUGGUCUUCGGGAGAUACAGCGCCGUAAAGCCCUUCGGUCAGCAGCCGUCGAACUCGCCAGACAGCCAGACUCUUACGUGCCUGUUCCGCCUAUAAAACGGACGAAUUCGGAACUGGACAUGUUAGCUGAGAAGGCGGCGCUCCUAGGGCGGGAGACGGAGGAUGAGGAGGGGUCGACGCAGAUCGUACCUAUGACGCCGGGGGAGUUGGAGGAUCCGAUCAACGCAGGGACGAGGGGGAUUUGGUCUCCCCCGCCGUCAGGCGGUUUGGAGAUGGGCGGGACUGGAGGAGGGAUGAGCGAGAAGGCGAGGGGAAAGAUGAGGGCGACGGAAUCGACGACGUCGCUUUCGCUCAAUCAGGAGACGGGGGCGGGGAUGAAUGGUACGAACGGGGCGGUCGAGGCUCAGGAGGGGGAUGAGGAGAUUAUGAAGGUGGCGGCGGCGGGGGUCGGGCCGAACAAGUAUGUGCCGACGCAAGAAUGGGUGUCUAGUUGGCAGAAGGGAUUACCGCUUGACCCGGUGCUCGUGGCGAUAUCGGAACUUUUGCCCAAGAUACAAGACACUCAGUCCGCGGGCGGAGCACCCAGUUCCAAGGUGUUCAGACUGUUGAAGGAGGUGGAGAUUGCGGAGGUUUUGCCGCCUGCGCCGCCUAUCGCUCCGAGACGAUUUCAGUGGUCUCAAGCUUCGGCAAUCUGGCUCACCUCACUUCUCUGGGGCGACAUCUACGUUGCAGGCUUGACACCCGCCGGCGUGGGAGUAUGGCGGGAUACCCAAGUACGGCUCUUUGGGAUCAAGCAGGCGCCUGAGCGGGGGAGGUCGGCGCAAGUCGGUAGGGUGUUGAAGAUGAUUGGGGUAGUAUAG